AUGCUCGCCUUUCUCUCCGUGGCUCUUUCGACGGUCGGCGCCCUCGCCCAGCAGUUGCCCAGCGUCUUCCCCAUCAGCUCCAGCCUCGUUCCCGGUCCUCCAUCGGCCGUCUGCACCCGCUCAACCUACAACAUCACCCUUCUCACGUGCACGUACACCAUUGUCCCCUUCUCGAGCAACAUCGGGCCCUCUCCCAACCAGACGAUUAUUACAAAUCUCUUCCAGACCUAUAUCACCUCUCCUACGAACUUCACCGCGGGGUACCACACACCCACGGGGCUGGCAAGCGCGAGCAACAGCGCGGGUAGCUAUUUGAUUAGCGGGACUCUGUGCCAGCCUCUGUUCGGGUACGAGCAUGAAGGAACGGUGCAGUUGCUGGUGCAUGGGAUUCCUUUCGACUCGCAGUACUGGGACUUUCAGUAUGAUCCUGAACUGUAUUCGUACGUCUGGGCCGCCUCUGCUGCGGGAUAUACCACCUUCCGAUACGAUCGACUGGGAACGGGUCUGUCCGAGCACCCGAUUGACGGCCUCAAUGUCGUCCAAGCAGAUACGGACGUACAGAUCCUUAGCUCGAUCGCAUCGCUCCUCCGUUCCGGGACGUUGACAGGCACGGGAUACAACAAGAUCCUGCUUGCUGGCCACUCUUACGGUUCCGUCCAAGCAACGGCGCUCGCUUCCCGCACUCCGGCAGCAGUUGACGGGACAAUCGCUACCGGAUUUUCGGCUUAUGGGGGAGCGGUACCACUCUUCCUUGCUUCGGGCUUGUGGUCCUCCGCUGCGCAGGUCGCACCCUACGCGUGCGCCUCGCUGGCAAGCACGUACCUACUCCCUACUGUUCCGCAGGCUGCUCAGAUGAACUUCUAUUAUUAUCCGGGGUAUGACGAGAGUGUGUUCGUAUACGACGCGGCAAUGCCACAGCCUGUAACGGUGGGGGUAAUGUUCACCUUGGAGACAGUCGCUGGUGCAGCAAGUAACUUUACAGGUCCGGUGCUGCUUGUGACGGGGGCACAGAAUUUGCCAUUCUGCGGACCCUCAAACCAGACGAUCUUGCAAGAAACGGGCACGGCGCUCUUCCCCGCCAGCAAGUACAGCUACUACGCACCCGAGCUGACAGGGCAUAAUGUCAACUUGCACUUGUCCGCGCCGGGGACUUAUGCCGCCAUGAUCGAGUGGGUGCUGGAGAAUGGAUUCUAG